AUGCCAUGGACAAUUUGGCCCGCUCUAGUUGUCCUAUGGGGUGUCUGCUGGAUGUUCUAUGACGGGUUCAACAGCGAGUGGACAUUCUCGAACGCAAUUUCCGCCGAUUAUGUGACCGCUAUUCUAUCCGACGGUCACGACUUCGUUGUUUCUUCCCAGGACAACAGUUUCCAGCCUGGUAGUUCCAACUUCGCACCAUGGGCGUGGAUGGGGGAUGAUCUCGACAUGAGAGCUAUCUUAGACCACGCCCAGCGGCAAAAUUUCGAUGCCUCCGAUAGUAGUAUUGACGUUACUGUGCCGACAACCCAAAUAUUUUUGCCCGUAUCAUCAGUGGUUGCAAAAAAUGCAUUGAUCCUGCCGAUUAUGGGUCGUGAAGUCGACCCCUUGGCCAUUGAAGCUCCAGUGAGAAGUCCCUUUGAAGACAAAAUCAAACUCACAGAGUUUGGCAGUCGUGCAACAGCAGAGACCGCUGUCCUAUCACGUCCCGAUGCAUCUAACGCGGCUGGUCUGUCACUCGAAGAGGAGAAUAUUCCUCCUCGCAACUCCAAGCACGGUCAGAUCGAAAAGUACUAUUGUCCAUAUGAGGACUGCAAGCGUUCGAAGCCAGGGUCAGGCUUCAAGCGCAAAGAUCAUCUGGACCAGCAUCUUGAUGGACCACAUAAGCGCAAAUUAGCACCCAAAGCGCGAGAAGUGUCAGCUGGUGAUUCCGAGGUCCACGACCGAGUCUUUGUUGCCGAGACCACAAUGCAAUCCAAGAAGCGCAAGCGAGAAAGUGAAAUCGUGCGAGGUCAAUGCGACAUUGAGGAUUUGUCCAGCGAACUCGCGGAAGAGCGACAGCUACGCAAACGAGUGGAAAUAGAGAACCAACGAUUACAAGCCAGGGUUGAAGAGUGUGAGGGUCGGAUACGCAAGUCCGAGGAAAGGAUUGACAGAUAA